AUGGCUACUGUUGUGGAGAAGCGGGGCGACCAGACGAUUUACAAGUCUCCGGAUCACAUCGAUCUUCCCAAAGUCGACCUUCUCACAUUUCUGUUCGUCCUCCACGCCGACGCGGCAGAUCCGUCCAGAUCAAUCACCAAGUCCCGCCUAGUAAAGGCUUUCAAACAGCUCGGUCACACCCUCCGCUACCAGUAUGGCGUCAACAAGGGCGACGUGGUGCAGGUCAUCUUCACAGGCCACUACAUGGCCCCCACCGUCUUCUAUGGCAUCAUGGCAGCGGGCGGCACUGUCGCGGCGUCUACGCCGUCCUCCACCCCGCCCGAGGUCGCGCGCCAGAUCAACCUCACCGAGAGCAAGAUGGUCAUCUGCAGCCCCGAUCUCAAGGCACUCGCCGCUGCUGGUGGAUCAGCUGCAGGACUCCCCGAUGAUCGGAUCCUCUACAUUGGUGACAGCCACGAGUUCCAGCUCUUCGAGGCUAAGACGGAUAAGAAAGUGCCUCUUUCGUCACAGGAGCUCGACUGGGAACGGGUGACAGACCAAACGAGACUCGAGAACACAGUUGGUUGCUACAUUUACAGCAGCGGAACCACCGGCAUCCCCAAGGCGGUCAAGAUUUCUCAUGCAAACAUGAUUGCGCAGACCAUGUUCAUCUCAACGCCGACAAUAGAAUAUUAUAAGACGCAUCCGAAGAUGGAGUACAUCACGCUCGCACACUUACCCGCAGCUCACAUCUCUGGUCUCCAAGCCUACAUCGUCAACCAGACCUUCAUGGGUGGCAUCGUCUACUGGAUGAAGAAGUUCAACUUUGUGGAAUUCCUAGACUACGCCAAAAAGUAUAAAAUCACCUCCUUUUUCAGCGUGCCGCCCAUUUAUCUCAUGAUUGCGAAAUCGCCAUUGGUCAAGGACCACCUUGACACCGUGGAAUUCGCACUCACAGGAGCCGCUGCCCUGGGAGGCGAAACUCAAGCCGAAGCACAGCGAAAAAUGGGCAGGGGGAAAGCGAUCCUCGGUCAGACGUGGGGUCUCAGCGAAACUACCGGCGGAUUCACGAUCCUUCCCCGGCAUCUCACAGAUGACACAGGAAGCGUCUCGAUGAUUGUAGCAAAUUGCGAGGCUCGUUUGGUCGAUGAUGAGGGGAAAGAUGUCGAGGUUGGACAGCCUGGAGAGAUGUGGUGCCGCGGGCCAAUCAUCACCAAGGGGUACUAUAAGAACGAUAAGGCCAAUAAGGAAGCGUUUGUCGACGGUUGGUUCUGCACGGGCGAUCGAUUGUCGUUCAAGGAUGGAAAGUUCUACUUCGUCGAUCGGAAAAAGGAACUCAUCAAGUACAACGGUUUCCAGGUAGCUCCAGCUGAACUUGAAGCAUUGUUGGUCACGCACCCAAAGAUCCAAGAUGCGGCAGUCAUAGGCGUUGACGGCGAAGGCACCGAGCUCCCAAGAGCUUAUGUGGUCGCCGAUAAGAAACAGAUUUCUCCGGAAGAAAUCCAGAAGUGGGUGGCAGAUCAGGUUGCUAGUUACAAGAAGCUCCGUGGAGGCGUCAUUUUCAUCGAUGCCAUCCCAAAGAGUCCCUCUGGAAAGAUUCUGCGCAAGGAUCUAAGGGCACUUGUAAAGCGCGAGGCCGGCGCGAAGCUCUAA